AUGGACAGAUCGGAAACUCGUAGAGGUCAGCCUUGCUGGUACAGACAGGAAAACGUCGGGUUCCUUGCGAUAAACGACUGCCUCCACGUAGAAAGCAGUCUCUAUUCCGUUUUGAGGAAAUACUUUUCCCACCUACCAUGCUAUGUUCCCAUCAUAGAGCUCUUUCAUGAUGUGAAUUUCAAGACCAACAUGGGCCAAUCUUUAGACGCUUUAUGUAUGAAGGAUGGGAGGCCCAUAUUGAGCCAAUUCACAAUGAAAAGGUACAGUUCUAUAGUGAAGUAUAAGACAUCAUACUACACCUUCCAGUUGCCUGUAUCACUUGGCAUGUAUCUGGCUGAUAUGUAUGAUCCCGAGCAACAUCGACAGGCCAAGACCAUCUUGAUGGAGAUUGGAGAGUUUUUUCAGAUUCAAGAUGACUUCUUGGAUGCUUUUGGAGACUCCCAAGUAACCGGAAAAGUAGGCACAGACAUCAAGGAAGGCAAAUGUUCUUGGCUGGCAGUGGUAGCUCUACAAAGAUCUAACCCAGCCCAAAGACAGAUCAUGGAAGAACAUUACGGAAGGCCCGAGCCAGAGUCGACACAAAUCAUCAAGAAUUUAUAUAUAGAGCUCGGCCUUCCUGCUACGUUUGCUGUAUAUGAAGAAGAGAGCUUCAAUAUAAUUCGUACUCACAUCCACCAGAUAUCCAAGGGUUUGCCGCAUGACUUGUUCUUUAAGAUUAUGAAGAAGAUUUACAAGAGGGAUGCUUAG